AAACGAUGAAACUCAAAACACUCCGGUGUUUCCAUGGAAGCCCACCAUGUCAGAGCGACGGUCGCUCUACGACAACUAGCACAGCCUGAAGGCAGCAGAACUGACAUUAUGAGAUUAUAUCUGUCGCUCGAAAUAAACCGAUCGUAGCUGUUAAUGUUAAUAUAAAUGUUAGCUUCCGAAGAAACAAACAGGAUGAAUCGUUUUAAUUCCAGCGUCCCUGUGGACGAAUAUCUCGGUAUGAUCGUGUUAGCUGUGCAGUGUCAACCUUUUAGCUUACACCUUUUCGUGCAUCAAAUAUACAGUCAUUGUUUAUUUGGAAAAAAUGCUGCUGAACUCAUAUAAGCUAUCAGCAUGCGGUAGCUCCAGUAUCUACGUUGCUAGCGUUUGUGUGUUGUUUUCUUUUUCUUUCAGCUGACAGUAAUGUGCUAUUUUACCUGAGUGAUGCGGUGGCCCAGCUCUUGGAACACAAAGAGGAAUACACACAGUUUGGGGUGAUCCGCUACUUUGCUGAAUAGUGAGUAUUACUGAACACACACACACACACACACACACACACACACACACACACACACACACACACACACACACACACACACACACACACACACACACACAUACAAUCACCUAUCUUCUUGAACGGGAAGGAUGGUCGUAAGGUAAGUGCAAACAUAUGAUUUACACCAGAAGUAUGUAAACAACAAAAUCAGGAAUUCGUCAUGCAUUUCUUAUAGCUUUAUCCAUAUCAGGUACUCAGCGCAUCCUCCUUCUCAGUUAGCUGUAGAAAGUCAUUGAAACUCAGAUGAUCUGUCAUUCAUACUACGUUAUAGGACUUGUCCAACUCAAAAAAAUAAAAUAAAAAACAUGUUUCACUAUUGAAAGUGAAUUUAGUCUGUCAUAAGUUUUAUUAGAUUUGUGUUCAGACCAAAAAGAUCAUUUUAAAUUUGUUUUAUACAUCAAUUGUGGUAUCUAUGAGCUACAACAUGAGGUCAAAAACCUAGCCUAAAAGUCCACCAUUUUAGCUUAGAGGACUAAUAAAGUCAUCAUAGUAGUUCAGGGGUAAGUUAAGCCAGUGACUCAAAUGAGAAAGUAAAGGAGUCUGAUGAGAGGAUCAGAGUUUCAGUUCAGAUUGUUGAAAUGUGUUACUUUUUCUUUUCAAAAAUACAGCUGUGAAUGUUCUGAAUCACUGAAAGGCAUUCUCAUGUUAAAAUGACUUUUUACAAAACAGAUUUUUAGCAGUUAUAUAAAAUAAUAAUAAAAAGAAUUAUUGUACCAGUCGAAUAGCGUAUAAUAGAUAAAAAUACACAUGAAUGUGAAGAGAUGACUGUUAUUUAGGGAGAGAGAAGGUGAGGGGGUAGUAGGGAUAUGGCUCAACUUACCCCACUACUAUGGUCAACUUACCCCAUACACGGGGUAUGUUGACCAUAGGAGACCACUUUUUUUGCAUGCUUUAUUAUCAAGACAGUUCUGUUUACACUCAUUCUGUUGGUUUGCAGGGAUGCACAACAUCUUGAAAUAUAUGCAGAUACACUAGUUAGAGACAAAACUAUGAUUGUCUUGAUGUAGUGAUCCGAAACAUGAAAAAUGGCUCAUCUUUCCCCACUCUCCCCAAAUGUAACCUCAGUUUGAAUAGUCAUUGUUUACAUAAAAGCAAGCAUUGUGUUUUACAUUGUUUUACAUUGCAUCCAUGUGAACUGUGAAUGUCUACAGUUUCAGCAGUGUAAAGAACAGCAACCACGUCCUCUUCAGAGAGUAUAACUACAUCAAAGCCACUCCUCAUAACAGAGCCUCCUUCAUCAGAGUCUUCUGGAGAUGCUACAGGCAGAUUGGCAAGAGUGGGGGUGAGUGAGAGCUUGAAAUGAAGAGAGUGUGAUGGAAGAGUCUGUUUUGGUUUAUUAACUGCGCAACAGACAGUUGAGUCAAUCAAGCUCGUUUGGUCAUUGGAUGCCAAAUAUUAAUUUAUUAACUAUCUUAACAACAAUUGGGCUUUCUGUCUUGUUAUUCUGCAGACUUGUUGUCAAUGCAAGAAUACAGAUCUCUGCUUCAGUUACUGUGCCCAGACUUCCCUGCAGAGAUGAUACAAAGCACAGCAAGGUCAGUACUCAAUUUAUUUUUGUUUAUGCAGUUUUUCACUGGCAUGUAGUACUGCUGAGAGAGCAGGGCUGAACUGCUAGGCAAUAAUCUGAUGGUGACUUUUUUUCUGUUUUGUCCUCUAGAAUUGUUUUGAUGGACGACGCCAUAGACUGUCUGAUGUCCUUCUCUGAUUUCCUUUAUGCCUUUCAGCUGCAGCUCUACUACCAAGGUACAAUAGGAUCUACUGUCUUCCAUUGGAUGUGUCCCAAUCUCUUCACUCUAGUUGAACAUCUAUUAUAAGCCUUCAUUUUGAUAUUUUCUAACCCUAAACAGAAUCUGGUUUUAAAACCAGACUUGAUGUUCCAAAUUUAAUCCCUGGAGUGUUAUUCAAAUUGAAAUUAUGGACAAAUAUAUGUUUGACAUAUCUAGAUGGCUGAUUGUGGUUCAAUCCAUUAAGUAUAAACUCUGUUUAUCAUAGCAUUUAAGGAUAAAAUUGUGAUUUCCUCCCCACUUACACUAGAAAGAAAGAAAAAGGCAUAUUAUCAAAAUCUAAUUCAGGAGGGGAAGAAUGAUGGCAACAAACUGUGGAAAACUCGGAAUGAAAUAAUGGGCAGAGGCCAAAGUAACUCACCUUCUUUCAUUGAGGUUAAUGGAAGCUUUUUAACAAAUGCAAAGGAUAUUGCAAACCACUUCAAUGAUCAUUUUACAAAUAAAGUUGAUAUGUUGAGGAAAGACAUGGGCUCUCCCAGAGUAAGUGGUAAGUCACAUGAAAUAAUAUCCAACAUUAUUAUGAGAAACAAACAGUGUGUUUUUAAGUUUCAACCGAUAAGAAAUGAUGAUGUAAAAAAACUGCUUGAUGGGUUAAACAAUGAUAAACCAGCUGGUAUGGAUAAUGUUGAUGGACGGUUACUUAAAGUUGUUUCCAAUAUAAUCUCCUUGCCAAUAUGUCAUAUUUUUAACUUGAGUCUGCAGGAGGGGUUAUUUCCACAGAUCUGGAAAUCUGCUAAGGUUAUACCUCUUCCGAAAAACAAACGUGAGAGUUUUUCAGCUGUCAAUAGCAGACCCAUUAGUAUUUUACCAGUGCUGAGUAAGCUAAUGGAAAAAGUUGUUCUCGAGCAGGUACUUCAUUAUUUUUCAAUUAAUCAAUUAAAUUCCGAGUUUCAACAUGCCUAUAGGUCAGAUCACUCUACGUGUACGGCCCUGACAGAUAUGGUGGACAAAUGGUUAUCUUAUAUAGACAAAAAAAUGAUGGUUGGAGCUGUGUUACUAGACUUUAGUGCAGCAUUUGAUGUUGUAGACCAUGGGAUAUUGUUAAGGAAACUGACUGCAUAUGGGUUUAGUCCAAACUCAAUCAAUUGGAUGAAUAGCUAUCUAUCCAAUAGGAUUCAGUGUGUGUUUUUUAAUGGCUGUCUUUCCUCUUUCAAAUGUUUACAGUGUGGCGUGCCUCAGGGGAGCUGCCUUGGUCCUCUGCUGUACACUAUAUUUACAAAUGACAUGCCUUUAGUUUUAGAGAAGAGUGGUUGCACUUUAUUUGCAGAUGAUUCGACUGUCUAUUUUGCAUCAAACAGUUUAUCCGAGUUGAGAAAUACACUUCAAUCUGAACUGCAACUAUUAUCGGACUGGACAUGUGAAAAUAGACUUAUUUUGAAUGUAGCAAAAACUAAAAGCUUAGUGCUUACUGCAAGACAUGCCACUCGAGAGGAUUAUCACCUUAGGUUAUCACUCAAAGACUCAAACAUUGCGCAGGUUCAAGAGGCACUUUUGCUUGGUGUCACACUCGAUGCACAUUUAACAUGGGAAAAACACAUUGAAAACAUUGUAAAAAAAAUGGGUAGGGGUAUUGGAUGCAUUAAAAGAUGUUCCUCAUUUCUUACUCCAGCUUCUAGAGUGCUGGUGACACAGGCACUGGGUCUAUCUCACCUUGAUUACUGCUCCGCGUUAUGGUCAGGUGCCGACAAGAAACAUUUGUCCAAACUUCAAAUAGUUCAGAAUAAAGCUGCAAGGCUGGCAUUGCACAGUCCAUUGGGUGUAAGGCAGAGCACUGAGAGACUGCAUGCUAGUCUCUCAUGGCUCAGAGUUGAGGAGAGGUUGGCUUGUAAUUUAAUGAGUUUCUUUAGGAAUAUUUGUUUUAACAAAGAAUCUGUUUGUUUGAACUCGCAAAUACAGUAUGUGAGAGAUCGUCAUAAUUAUAAUACCAGGCAGGCUACUAGGGGUGACAUGGUUAAAGAAAAACCCAGAACAAAUGCAGUCUGCAGAUCUGUAAUGUAUCGAGCAAUUACCAUUUGGAACACUUUACCGACAAUGAUCACGGAAGCACCUAGUAAGGCUAGUUUUAAGAGACUCCUUAAAAGACACCUGACAAAUUACACUAAUCUUAAUUGUAAUCUUAACUGACUUUUAAAUUUUUGUUUAAUUUGUUUGCUGCUUGUUUUUUUUCUUGUUGUUUUGUUUUUGUUUUUGUUUUUGUUUUUUGUUUGUGGUUUGCUUUUACUGGACUUUUAUUGUCUUGAAUGACCUUUGCAAGACUGUACAUGUUUUAUUGAAUUAUGUAUUGUAUUGUCUUGUAUUGUAUUGUUUGUUUUAUUUGUGGACCCCAGGAAGAGUAGCUGCUACCUUGGUGGCAGCUAAUGGGGAUCCGUAUGAAUAAAGAAUAAAGAAAGAAGAUAUCAGCAUUGAUGGAGAAAAUCAUAUCCAAAAAGGGUUAAGGUUUUAUCUUCAAAAAAAGGAAAAAGCCAUUUGAAAAUAUUAACCAAAUGCUGAAACAAACAGGCCUGUUUUUCCUCUGUGUGUGUGUGCGCAGAGUUCCUGGACAGCGUACUGGUGAUCUACCAGGAUCUGUUAUCGGGAAAGAGUCCAAACACUGUCAUUGUGCCCACAUCUACUUCCAUCGAGCAGCUCCCCUCUGUGGCGGCUGAGGAGAAUGAAAAAGAGGAGCAGCAGCAGGAUGGAGUGGAGCCGUCCAUGCUGGCCCAGUGUAUAGAUGACCUGUGUGACAGGUUCAAACACAGGUACACACACACACACACACACACACACAGGUUAUCUUCACUUGCUGGGACCACUGUGUACAAUUUAUACAUACAUUUGAAACCUGAUGUCCCUUUUCCAUCUACAUUAAAACUUAGUGUAAUUAUUUUUUGUUGUUGUGAUCAUUUAUUUAGGAAUUUCUUUCAGUCUGUAAAAGUUUUAGGAUUGCAAUUUGUUGAAAAGUAUUUGCUUGAAGUGAAACUUACUGUAAAUGGUGACUAUUAAGUCUAAUUAGUAUUUCAUAAUGACUCUCAAAGAAAUGUGUUUGCAAAAAAGAAAAUCAGACAAAAACAGUGGAAAAUACUGCGAAAAUCUAAAAGAUUUAGCAAUAAAUUAUAACCAUGAUGAAUCUGAAGAACGCAGAAAAAAAUCCAAGUAACUCUAAGAAAUAACCGGAGAAUCUCAUAUUUCACAGGAAAAAAAUAAGUUAAACAGCCAUCAUAUGCAUAAGUAUAAUUUGUAGUAUUAGCAUUAACAUAGGCUACUUUGUUUUUAGAUAUGAUAACCACACAGAAACAAAUCCUAUCUGAAAGUCCCCAUUUGUACUGUGGCCCAGGAGGAAGAGUGGAUUUUUCACUAAUCACAGAUUCCAGUCCUUCACAGUAAUCAUGAUGAAAUGUAAAUGCAUGGUUUACCCCCUUCUGCUGGCCCUGAUGACUCAGAGUUAUUGUCACUUAAUAGUCACAUUAAUGUCUUUUCCCCCUUGAAGGUUUUGUGUAGGGAGAAAAUUAAAUGCCCUGUGCCAAGCCAUCAUAGGCAGAAUGACUUUCAUUUUACAAUUCAUCUUUUUCUCUGUGUGUGUGCGUGUGUGUGUGUGUGUGUGUGUGUGUGUGUGUGUGUGUGUGUGUGUGUGUGUGUGUGUGUGUGUGUGUGUGUGUGUGUGUGUGUGUGUGUGUGUAGUCAUCCUCCCAGGUCCUGUAUGAGGGAAGCACUGGAACAGGUGGACAAAGUCUCGUACUACAGCUUUCUAAUGAGCCUGUCCAAACAUGAGACCAUCAACCAAACUAUUGGUAUUUUACAGAGCACAUUCCCUCACCACAACUAUUGCUCUACUGCUACUACUUCUCUGCUACAAAUACCACUACCAGUACAGCUAUUAAAAUACCACGACUGGUACAUGCUAAAAUUCCAAAACUUGACAUGUUGACUUCAUAAUUAAAUAUAUUAGAAGGUGUUUAUUUUAGCUCACCAUUAUGUGUGAUCCCUUUUCUCAGUCCACUAAAUUUAUUAAUUAAUUAAUCUAUUUGAGUUAAGACAGUUUGCAUAAAUACAACACUUUCUCUCUGCAGGAGCAUUACCCAGUAAGGCAGAGCUGCUUAUCGACCCUGAAAUGGACCAAGAACUCGAAAAACUGUAAGAGCACCUCGUGCAUACCCAUAUUUACACACACAAACCCCCACAGACAGCAUAUUAACAAGCACACAAGGUGACUGUAUCAGAUUAUCUUGUCAUCUGUCUUUCUGUUAACAUCUCUUUCUACCCUUUGCCUUCCAGAAUCGCCCAAAUCUCUGUAAGUCCUGGCAGCAACAGCAGUGGCAGCGCUGUGGGGGCACUUAAGGAGGUGCAGAGGAAGGCCUCCCCCAGAAGACACAUCCACCACAGGAGGAGGAUGGAGGUGGAAAGUGACGGCUCCACGGAGGAGACUGACUCAUCUGAAAACUGACCUCAGUGUUCUUUGGCAUGUAAAUCUCCAUCUGCACACUGUGACUGCUUGGUUCAUUCAAAUCCUCUCACUUGCCUUGUCACCCUAAAGUUCAGAAGUAGAAAAGUGCAGGUUGAAAGCAAGAGAGAAAGUCCAAAUGACUCAGAGGUUCAAAUAGUUUUGGAGUUAUUCAAGUGCACUGCUUUAGCCAUCAACUGGUACACUGACUAUAAUGACAGCCAAAUCAUCAUGAUGGUCACAAGAUCCAUUUAUACCAGAAACAGCUGUCACCGUGCUCCCUUCAAAGCAAACAGACCUUAUUGAAAAAAAACUGAAAUUGAAGCUUCCAGAACACUGUUUUAGUUUUAUGCACUUUAGAUUUGUUUUCUACAUAAUGUUCCCAAUAGUCUGCAGUAUAUUUUAACCUUUGUCGCCGUGUCUCCAAAUAGAACAUGCAGUAAGUCUUCCCCCACACGUCAGUGGUUCAUACUUUUACCAGCCAGUCAGUAUACUAACAAUAUAUGAAUAAAGCAAUGACUGUAUUAAUAAUGAAUGCAGGCUUAACAAUGUCAUUGGUCUUCUGAAAAGGUUUUAUGUAUCCAAAAUAGGGCGGUCAGGAUAUCAGAUUCUCACCUCAAGAUUGUACUGGCCAUAAAAUAUCACAAUAGCAAUGUUAUCACUAUAUUGAGGAAAAACUUGAAAUUUCAUGCAAAUUGAGUAAAAUUAAAAAAGGCAAGACAAGGAUAAAGCAACAUAUUAUAUUUGUUCCUCAAUAUUAGAGGUCCAUGAUAUUUACAAAUAAACACAAUUAAUUGAUAUUUUUAAUUAUGUUCAAAUUUAUGAUUAAUCCAUAACUGGCUGUGAAACUGAAAGCUCUUAAGAGGAGACUUUGUCCUACAAAAUUAUUUUUUGUCAUGCUUUUGUUCUGUUAUUUUUCACCCUACAUUUUAAAACUAUGCUUCUAUUUUAAAGUGAAAGCUACUUCUGGUAAAUCUUAAGUCAAGUCACUGAUCAGGAACAGUUGAAGUUGAAUUGAUUUGCAACUCAAGGAGACAAGUUCCAACAUUGCAUUUAGAUUUACACAAAAUCAUGAAAUAUAAUAUAUAUUUUUUAAAGUGCUGAAUCAAAAACUGACAUUUAAAGCUUGACCAUGAAUCCAAAAACAAUGUUAAAGCUGGCGCCAAUUUUGUUUUGUUUUUUUAACUGUCCUUUUAGCUUUUUAUAUUCAGUUCAGUAGUUUACAAUUUAUCAGCGGAAGUGUACUCCAAAACAGAAGCACGGUUUCAUAAUGCAGAAAAUAAACCCAGGGUAAAAAGAAUAUCAAAAUAAAAGCAUGACAAACAAUCAUUUUAUGAGGCAUUGUCCCCUCCAGAGCAGAUUCAGUCUCAGGACUAAAAAUGCAAAUAUUCAUAAAUCAGAACAUGAUAAGAAAUGGAUGAUGAUAUGUACAUUUAUUUUGUUGAUGAGUAAAGAUGAUCAAAUAUUGUGUCAUCAAAAUUAUUUCAAUAAUAAUGUUUAUUGUGAUAUUCUCUGACCGCAAUAAUCAUGAGGUGAAAAUCUGAUAUUUUGACCGCCGUACAUUUAAGCUGUCUGAGGUGAAUGGUAGACUAUAUAUCCUUUUUUAAUUUCGUGUUAAUGCUGCACCUGAUGAAAGCAAACAAAACUUUGCACAUUAUUAGCUUUGUAUCCGACCUUGUAACAGUUUUUCUGUAUGUACAGUACCUGGCAUCUGUAAAAUGGAGAGAAACAUUAAGUUUGGGUGGCUUUUGGCCAGAAGUAAGUGUGGAUCAUCCUUUUUAGUCCACACUUUGUCACUCUCUCCACUCGAUAGUUACAUUUUCAGAUACGAGUCAUUGUGAUAUGAAAACUUCAUGUAAAUUUAUAGUGGGUCUUGCCUCUUAACAAUUGUCUUGGUCAUCUCUGCAACUACCAUGUGCAGAGUCAAACGCAUACUGUUUGCACAUGCUGGAAGUAGUUAAAAUACUGUCUACAAAUUACAAAAUAAAUGGCAAAUAUAACAGGCCUUUAGCAGCCAAUAGAUGGCAGUGUAGCUAUAUAUCAACAAACAUGUUAACACUGAAUUAAUACUAAUAAUGUGAAAAGAUAACUGCUUGUCUUAUUCAUACACAUAUCACUGUGUUUCAUGUUUGGUGCUCCUGAUAUAACAAGAGGAAGUCCAACAUGGAUUGCUGUAGCAGGUAGUUUUUGUUGUUGUUAUUGUUUUUGAGCUGAAAACAAAUAAGUGCAUGAAGGACUUUAUCUUUACCCUAUUAGUUAUCAAUUAACGGAUUGCUUUGUGUUAUAUGUGAGAUGCCUGACAUUAAGCUGAAGAUGUGAAUGAUGAAUGGAAUGUAAAAAGAUCCUCAUACUGUAAUUUAUUCUGAUGAUUUCUAUUUGUCACUUUUGGUUUCAGACAAUAGUUCUUUUUUCUUUUUUGACUUUAAGAAAUAAACAAAUCACACAUCCUUUUACAGUUUGAAUGAGCAUAUGAAAGCAAAGAAACUUCUCAAAUUUAAAAAAAAGAAAUAUCAAUGUCACAAAAGAAAGGUGUGAAAAGCUCCAGAUGUACCAAAUAACAUGGUCCAGUGAGGCUUCAUCAGGUUUGAAAAAAAUAAAAAGGUCUGAAGGUAUGGACCAGGUUCCCUCAGCAUCAGUAACAGCUUCUCUCAGAGCCCAUACUGACUGGAUUUCCUCUGUAGCUAGCAGGCUGACAGGGACUCAUAAACAAGUUUUUUUUUUCCUUGGACCAUCAUGGAGUCAAAUUAUAACACCAGCAUCUUUUCAAAAUGAUUUAUCUUUUCUUCGAGGUCCACUAGACUAGACUAAUACCCAAAGUCCUUCAGGGCUGUCAGCUCUGAUGCUUAUCCCUUUGCACAGUGGCUGUGAAUUGAUUUCACGCUCUUCCUGGAUGCUGCUGUGACUGUUUCAGUUUCUUUACAUACAGUUUUUGUUCUAUUUUUCAGAUUGCAGCUGAGUAAAUUCAGAGAUACAUCUCCUGGCUGGAAACCCUGGCAAUCUAAAGCAGCUCAACACAACAGCUGUACCGUAAUCUCUACUUUCAGGAAGCUUAUGAAUAUUCAGUUUGUGUUUACGUGAUCUAUAUUUUGUCCACUUAAUCCCCUCAUGCUUGCGCCCCAAACAUGAAGGGGUGAGUUGUUUCAUUUAAUGCACUCAAGUAUAACACCAACACCUAUAAAACACUUCAACAAUUAUUUUAAUAAAAAGUUAUCACUGCCAGACCAUGUUGAGGAAAGUUUUAAAUGUAGAAGUUUUAUUAAAUUUGAGCUGUUGUACUGGGUUGUUCAUAAUUUUAUGGCUGGUUGGUGUACGUCUCUUUAUUGUGGCUCUUUAGUUCACCACACUCUUUAACACCAUACACAUAAGACAAUUGUUAUGAAGCAUUAGAAAUAAUUGCCAUCCAAGCACCAAAUACAUUAAGUUUUUGCUAACACCAGACUCAUGCAAGGGAACAGUGUUGAAAGCAACAAAUUGUAAACUGAAUUGGUAUCAAGAUGAUAAAUUCUGUUAUUAUUAGUUUCUCACCUAAAAACACAAACGGUAAGUGCAUUUGUAAACGUGAUUUAUUGACAAGAAUAACCACCAUCAUUAUCACAUGUCUGUGCAUCUUCUGGGCGUCUUCAUUUUUACAACAUAGAUAUCAUGCGGUGUUACACCCAGGUUUUGGUCAAACCAACAGCAUACAAUAAUAACUCCUUUACAACCAUACAUACAUACAUAAGUACAUACAUACAUAAAGGAUCUAUACAGGAUAUAUCUAUGUUAAUGAGUCAUGUACAGUAGAUCCCUGUGGUGUUAGAAACACAAAAGUUAAAUACAUAAAAAGGACACUUUCUGGUGGAUCAGAACUACCUCCUGUGAUACACCUCAGAUGGCUGCCAUGACAAUGAACGUAGGGUAGAUGGUCCUCUACACUGUGACUGUUUAGAGAAAUGGAUUUUAAAGCUGCUGUGGGGAACUUUUGGUUUAUGUUGAUAUUUGCAUCCUGUCCUGUACAUGUAAAAGUCAUAUUUUUAAAACAAAAUAUCCUCUUGCAGUUUUUUAGCUGUGAAAUAAACCACUCAUUGUGAAUAAUUGCCAUGGAAAAAUCUUUAAAUAAGCUGUUUUUUCAAGCUUGCUGUCAAUCAUCUGGCCUGAGACAAUGGUUUAAAGCAUUAAAAAUUCCUUGAGUGAAGUUAUCUGCCUUGACGCUGUUAGUCUUGUUUGCUUUUGAAGGACAUAGAGACCCAUCGGUAUAAGUUUCUAGUUUCUGUUGGUUUUUCAAACUGUUAAAAACUCCUUAUACUGCAUUUAAAAUCACCAUCAAUCAUGGCAAACAUUAAGUUUCAUAUUUUUUUGACAGCAGACUGUAAUAGUAAUACACCAUUGCCCAACUAGUCUAACAGUGAAAGAUAAUGUUUUUUCCAAUGUAAAAGCUGACAAAUACCAAAGUUUGAACAUUUUUGGACAUACUCUACAUGUUGAGUGGAAAUUUAGGACUUUAAACUGAUUUUGCUCCAACAUUUAAAACU